AAGGGGGGCGUGGCCAGGAAGGGGGCGGGGCCUUGUCGCGAGGUCUCGUGACUGGGCAGCGGCCGCGCCAUGGAGCAGCUCCGGGCCUGGCGGGGUCGCAUCGGGGCCGAGCUGGACGCGGCCGUGGCCUUUUGGGAGCGGCACUCGCACGACCCCGAGCACGGGGGUUUUUUCUCCUGCCUGAGUCGCGACGGCUCCGUCUACGACGACACCAAGUUCGUGUGGCUGCAGGGCCGCCAGAUUUGGGUUUAUUCCCGGCUGUACCGGAGCGUGCCGCGGUUCCGCCGGCCGGAGCUGCUGGAGGCGGCGCGGAAAGCGGGGGAGUUCCUGCAGCGGCAGGUGCGGCCAGGGCCGGGUUCGUCCCCGCGCCGCCUUCGCCCUGAGCCGGGCGGGGCUCCCCGAGCGCGUCCAGCGCAGCUUCUACAGCGAAGCGUUCUGCGCGCUGGGGCUGGAUGAGCUGGGCAGGGCGGCGGCCGAGCCUCGUUACCGCGCGUGGGGCCGGCAGUGGGCUCUGGCCGUGUGGGGCUGGGCCCGGGGGGCUCCCAUGGAAUUGGGGCGCCCCCGAUUUGCGGGGACCCCUCCCCCAGCAGUCGCUGGCCCAGCCCAUGAUGGUGCUCAAGGUGGGGCUGCAGCUCUGGGGGGACCCCCGGAGGGACCCCCAAGAUCAGCCCGACCCCGAGGCCGAGGCCAUGGCGGAGUGGGGGGCGCGGCACGUCCUGAUGCACCUGCAGGUACCCCCAAAAUCACCCCAAAAUCACCCCAAAAUUACCCCAAAAUCACCCCAAAAUCACCCCAAAAUUACCCCAAAAUCACCCCAAAAUUACCCCAAAAUCACCCCCAAAAUCAGCCCAAAAUCAGCCCAAAAUUACCCCAAAA